AUGGCGAUGCCAACAAUACUAGAGAUGGCGGUGCUGGCAAAGUACCUUCGCAACUUGACCGCUGUAAUGCUACCAUUGCAACUUAGUUGCUCUGGUUUUCUUUUUCCCUCAACAACUCUAAAUAGUAGCGGUACCAGCAAUACUUGGAAUGGCGGUAAUGAGACAAAGUGCCUCAGCAACUUGACCGCUGCAAGCAAUGCCUCUGCUACUUGGCUUAGACAUUUCCCCCUCAUGGAGUCCACUCGGGCCUUUGGCGGGUUGGACCUACCUCAACCCAUUUUUGUCGUAAGAGAUAACAAAUCAAGUUUGGGGAACCUGGAGCGGGAGAUUGCCGGAAUUGAUUGGAACUUUAAUAGCUAUGGAGGCAUCGAUGAAGGUUGUUACAAAGACUGGAGUCUUGAUAUUCAUGCGGCAAGGAAGAUUCUGGAAGUCGAGAGAGUUCCUAGGUUUCCUCACUCUAUGAUUCUUGAAGGUGGAGCCAUUCAUGUAGAUGGAGAAGGGACUUGUCUUGCCACCGAGGAGUGCCUCUUGAAUAAAAACAAGAACCCUCAUUUGACUAAAGAGCAAGUUGAGGAUGAACUUAAAGCAUAUCUUGGAGUCAAGAAGAUUAUUUGGUUGCCUCAUGGAUUAUUUGGUGAUGAUGAUAGUAAUGGUCAGAUUCACAACUUGUGCUGUUUUGUGAAGCCUGGUGUGGUUUUGUUGUCCUGGACUAGUGAUGAAUCAGAUCCUCAAUAUGAGCGAUCUGUGGAACCCUUUUCUGUUCUCUCUCAUGUUACCGACGCUAAAGGUAGAAAACUAGAAAUUAUUAAACUCCAUGUACCUGGGCCACUUUACAUGACAGAUGAAGAGGCAGCAUGACUAAUUCAGGCAAAC